AUGGAUAUUCAGACUCCGGUGAGUGUGCAGCAGCAGCAACAACAACAACAACAGCAUUUAUUUUCUCAACCAGUGUCAUACGUAAACACGCCGCCCUGGGUAAGUGACUUGCUAGUGAAAAUAGAAGAUAUUUCGAAACGUUUAGUGAAACUGGAUAUUAUUGAAAACGCUAUCAGUGCUGUUAAAAAUGAGGUCAGGGAUUUGGGUGCUAGGGUGACUGAAGUAGAGAAAAGUCAGCAGUUUCUUAAUUCGUUGUGGGAGGAAAGCCGUACAGCGCACGAAAAGCACAUUCAGGCAAUUGACACCGAACUAGCCCGGUUUCAGAAAACACUGGAUGGAGUGAUGAAAGACAAAGACAGGUUAACAGAGGAAAUUGUCGAUUUGCAAAGCCGCUCAAUGCGUGACAAUCUACUUUUUUUCAACAUUAAAGAGGGUGAAAAUGAAAACCGUUAUGAACUGAUCGAGAAAGUUUGUGCAGACAAGUUGGAAAUAUCAGACACGUUACUGAUAGACAGAGCGCAUAUGAUUGGUAAAAUAAGCCCUGGUAGGGAUCGACCAAUUGUGGUGAAAUUUAGCAGUUUUCGACAGAAGGAGCAAGUAAGGAAAAGUAGCUUCAAGCUGAAGAACACAAACUUUGGUAUUGGUGAACAAUUCCCUAAAGCAGUUCAAGAAAAGAGAAAGUUGCUGAUGCCUGCAUUCAAGAAAGCGAGAGAAGAAAAUAGGAGUACCGCAGUUGUGAGAGACAAACUGUACAUUGAUGGGAAACUCUACACUUGUGAGAGGCAAACUGUACAUUGA